AUGUGUGACCACCCAACACUUCCCAGUCCAACACACCAGAUCCACAUGUGUGACCACCCAACACUUCCCAGUCCAACACACCAGAUCCACAUGUGUGACCACCCAACACUUCCCAGUCCAACACACCAGAUCCUCACUUGUGACCACCCAACACCUCCCAGUCCAACACACCAGAUCCUCAGGUGUGACCACCCAACACCUCCCAGUCCAACACACCAGAUCCUCACUUGUGACCACCCAACACCUCCCAGUCCAACACACCAGAUCAUCACAUGUGACCACCCAACACUUCCCAGUCCAACACACCAGAUCCUCAGGUGUGACCACCCAACACCUCCCAGUCAAACACACCUGAUCCUCACUUGA